AUGUCCCAAGGAGGAGCAGCAGCACGCAAAGCUGCCAAUCCCCAGGACCAGGGCUGGGCAUGGAUGGUCCUGUUUGCUGCAGUGCUGCUGCAGGGACUGACGCUGGGCUUCCCUUCCUGCACUGGUGUCUUCUUCAAGGACCUCCAGCAUGAGUUCCAGGCCAGCAAUAGUGAGACGUCCUGGUUCUCAUCCAUCAUGGUGGCUGUACUGCACGGAGGAGGGCCCCUUUGCAGCAUCUUGGUGAAGCGAUUUGGCUGCAGGUUUGCCGUGAUGCUGGGUGGGCUGCUCAGUAGCGUGGGCAUGGUGUCCAGCUCCUUCUGCAAGUCCAUCAGCCAGCUCUACCUGACAGCUGGCCUCAUCACUGGUCUGGGAUCAUGUUUCAGCUUCCAGGCAGGAGUGACUGUGCUUGGCUACUACUUUGUAAGAUGGAGAACUCUGGCUAAUGCCAUGGCAUCCACCGGCGUCUCUCUCGGCUUCACGCUGUGGCCACUGCUGUCUCAGUACUUGCUGGAUGAGAUGGGCUGGAGAAACACUUUCCUUAUCUUUGGAGGAAUACUAUUGAACUGCUGCGUUUGUGGAGCCAUCAUGAGACCAGUUCAGCUUGCUUCAGAGUCAGUACCAGAGUCACCCAAGCCUGGGGGGGAGGCAGAGAGGGGUGCAGAAGCAGCACAGCUGUCCAACGGAGCAUCCUCUCCCCACCCCGAGCUCCAGCAGCAGAGCAGGAGGACUGCAUGCUCCCGGAUGCUGCAGAAGUACCUGGCUUUUGACAUCUUCUGCCAGAACAAAGGCUACCGGAUCUACACCAUCGGAGUGGCCUGGAUGAUGAUGGGCUUCGCGUUGCCCCACGUCUACCUCGUGCCUUACGCCAUCCAGAACGGAGUGGAGGAACGCAAGGCAGCCCUCCUCAUCUCCAUCAUCGGGCUCAUCAACAUCUUCAUCCGGCCCUUCACAGGCCUGCUCUCGGGACACAGAGUCUUCAAGGGCAGACGCAUCUACCUGUUCAGCCUGGCCGCGCUCCUCUACGGGCUGAGCAACCUCAUUUGCGUCAGCUCAGCCGAGUUCAGUGUGCUCAUCACCUACUGCAUCAUCCUCAGCAUAGCCAUGAGCGGCAUCGGGGCGCUCACCUUCCAGGUGCUGAUGGACGUGGUGGAGAUGGACAGGUUCUCAAGCGCUCUAGGGCUCUUCACCAUCGUGGAGAGUAUCACUCUCCUCAUCGGCCCCCCUCUCACAGGUCUCCUGGUAGACAUAACCAGUGAUUUCCACUAUGUCUUCUACAACUCCAGUUUCUUCCUGAUAUCAGCUGCACUAUUCAUGGGCAUCAGCUUCUGCAUGCUGGAAAAAAAAGUCAAAUCCAAAGAGGGUUCAAAAGUCCCUUUGGAUAAUGCCUCCAGAUGCCAAUACAGCGAAACGCCAACUCAACCCCAGCCUGAAAGCCAGCCCCCUCCAGCAGCAGUGUACAUCUCAAGCAUAUGAAAAGAAAGAAAAGCAAAAAACCCAAG